GCCAAUCUAGUUUCGCCAAGGGCUUCUGGGCGAAUUCCCAAAUUACCACUUUUUUUCAGCACUCGUCCACGUCCAAUCGGGUGAAUCUAGAUUGGCCCAGAACUUGAAAAAGAUGACUAGGUGAAACCCGUUUCUUUUCAACAGUUUUCACUGACUGUGUGCUGGUCAAUUACAAAGUGCUAGUCGACAAUAUAUAAAAAAAACGUGCACUAAUCAAAUCAAAGUGUACAGUUAUAAAAAUAAAACGUAGGCCUACAAGUGACAAAUAAAGACGUGAAAUAUAACAAGGGCAUUACUGACCCUGUUACAAUCUUAACUAUCUUUUAAUGAAGAUGAAACAAAAGAAGAUUUGAACACCAACAAUUAACAUAUUAUUUCUCUCUCUGUUGUGUGUGUGUUGCGAGUUUGCCUGCACUUUACUAUUUCACUCUCUCUCUCUCUCUCUUUCUUUCUCUCUCUCUUUCUCUCUCUGAAUUCAAUUUGAAUUGCUUUAUUGGCAUGACUGAUUUUUUACAAGUAUUGCCAAAGCAAUGAUGGGUAAAUUCCAUCUUUACAAUGAACAUUUAAAACAUAUGUAAAUAAAACAAAAACAACACAGUACUUCAAACACAUCACAACAACAAUAAUAAUGAGAAUAAUGAUAUACAUUUUUAUAUGUAUUCUAUAACAUUUAUUUAUUUGUUUAUUUAUUUUUCUUUUCCUCCUUGUGUGAAGAUCCUCAGUGUCACUCCCUGUCCCUCAGUUUGUGGCAGGCGCUUGUGUACUGGGCUGCCACUUCUAGACAGCUUGUCUGCUCUCCGAGGAGGAUGGGGAGUUUUUUUGGGUCUGGCAAGUCUGAGAAAUCUAUGCAGAGAUUUUGUAUUUUUGGGAAGAAGGCUUCCCUUAUAUUCUUAUAUUUUGUGCACUGCAGUAAAAAGUGUAUCUUUGUCUCAACCUGAUUGAGCUGACAGUGAUCGUGAUCUCUCUCUCUCUCUCUCUCUCUCUCUCUCUCUCUCUCUCUCUCUCUCUCUCUCUCUUGUGUGUGUGGCGAGUUUGCCUGCACAUAUGAUGGAGCGAGACUUUUUGACUUUUAACUUUUUGGGAGAGAGAGCUAUUAAAACCAGCAAUGGUGUCCUGCCUUUUCUGCACUGCCACUGGAAACCCAGCACACAGUCGCUACAUUGUUGUCAGAUGUGGAGGCAAGCACCAGACAUUUCCAGCAAAUAAAAAUGGCUUUAAAGUAGGCAUGCGAUUAGAAGGCAUUGAUCCACUUCACCCAUCUAUGCUUUGUGUGCUGUCUGUUGCAGAGGUUUUGGGGUAUCGCAUUAGGCUUCACUUUGAUGGCUUUUCAGAGUGCUACGAUUUUUGGGCUAAUGCUGAUUCACCUGAUAUUCAUCCUGUGGGAUGGUGUACAAUGACAGGGCACAAACUUCAACCACCGAAAGCUUUUACGGAAGAUGGAUUUGAUUGGGAAAGUUACCUAACAGCUUGUAGUGUUCAAGCUGCACCAAAGAAUCUGUUUAAAAACCAAAAUACAACUGUGACUCCAUCAGGAUUUCAAGUUGGGAUGAAACUAGAAGCGGUUGACAGAAAGAACCCUUCCCUGGUCUGUGUUGCAUCCAUUGCAGAUAUUGUGGGUAAUCGCUUCCUGGUGCACUUCGAUAACUGGGAUGAUACAUAUGAUUACUGGUGCAAUGCCAGUAGUCCGCAUAUCCAUCCAGUAGGAUGGUGUCAGGACAAUGGACGACCCCUUACGGCACCCCAGGGAUACCCCAAUCCAGAAAGCUUCUCUUGGGAGGAAUAUUUAGAAGAAACAGGCACUUCAGCAGUUGCAGGCCAUGCUUUUAAAGUGAGACCAGCUCAUGGUUUCCUGGUUAAUAUGAAGCUUGAGGUUGUGGAUAAACGCAACCCCAUGUUGUUACGUGUUGCCACUGUGGUGGAUGCUGAGGAUUACAGGAUAAAGGUCCAUUUUGAUGGCUGGAGUCGCAAAUUUGAUUUCUGGAUUGAUUCAGACACACCUGAUAUUCACCCAGUAGGAUGGUGCAGAAGGACAGGACACCCUCUAGAAUUACCCCUCAGACCAGCUGACCUUAAGACCACAAGCAGCCAGGGAGUGUGCCCAACACCUGGAUGCAGAGGAGUUGGCCACAUCAAAGGGGCAAGACAUACUGGACACCAUAGUGCCUUCGGUUGCCCUUACUCCGAGAUUAACAUGAAAAAGGAGAUGAUACUUCCGGAUCGUCUCGGAGGAGAGAAACAAAUGACCUUCAUCCCUGUACAUUUGGCACCAAAAACAAAACGGCUCUAUAGCCCUGAUGCAGAUGAAAAGCCUGAGGAAUAUAAUAUGUAUUCUAGGAGCCCAGUGUCGGGGUACGAUGGACCGGGUCAUCUCAGAGGAAGGUACGCGGCACACCAGCGACUGUCUGGAUACCCACUAGCUGAGAAACAAGACCUCAAGGUCAAGACAGAACACAACAGUGAUCAUCAAGCUCAGGGAAAUAAAGUAUUCACUCCAGCUGUUAAAAAAUCUAAGCUACAAAGCAGGCUUGCUCAGUCAGCAACGUAUCUGAAAAUCAAAGAAGAAAAAGAAGAAGAUGAUGAAGAAGAAGAAGAUGAAAUUGACUUGCACAGUCUGUUUAGAGACUACAGUGUUGACAACAUGCAGCAGGCUCUUCACCAGUCUGUCUUCCUGUCAGCCAUGUCUACUCAACCCAAUCGCGACCUCCCGCUUUGCUGGGAGCAGCACUGCAAACUGCUGCCUGGAGUGGCAGGGGUACAAGCCAGCCGCGUUGCACACUGGACUGCCGAUGAGGUGGCUAGCUUUGUGCAUUCUCUCCCUGGAUGUGAGGAGCAAGCUAAGCAAUUCAAGGAAGAGCAAAUUGAUGGAAAAGCUUUCUUACUGCUCAGUCAAGUGGACAUCGUAAAGAUAAUGAGCGUCAAAUUGGGCCCAGCUCUGAAGAUCUACAAUUCCAUUCUGAUGUUCAAGAAUGCUGAAGACAUGAGCAAAGACACAGAAUCAGGAAAUAUUGAGCUGGAUACAUGAAGUAAAUCAACACUCAGCCACCCAAGCAGCCACACUGUAUUCUGUGCAUUCGGCUUUGAUGUAUUAGUACUAUUAAAGGGACCAAGGAAACAUGUGUUUUUGCAAUGGCUGCACAAGCUGUCAUUGGCAAAGGAUAAUCAUGGAUUCUACUAUUAAUAUUUCUUGUGUAGUGUAAUUUACACUACUAAAGACACUGGGCACAGCCUCCUGUCUUUUGGCUUUAAUGCUACUGGGAUGUAAUGGCUUAAUAAACUGCACAGAACAUGCAUUAUUUAUAGAUUGUAUUUGCUUAAGUGAAUUUUUUACAGAGUUACGUAAAGAACUGACAAUCAACAAACCUAAAGCAUUGUAUUGUAGCACCAUACCGGUGUUAACCAUAUAAAGAAACAACACAAGGUAAACAAAAAUCAGUCAAAAGUUCAUUUAAAUCCAUUGUGGAUUCGUUUUUGCUAUUUUGUGAAAUAAAUACAUCCACGAUUGAAGUCUAGUUAAAGAUGCAUUGUAUUUAUUGUAAGCAGUUGUGAAUUUAUACGUGUUUGUGACAAUGAAGGAAAAAAUAAUAUAUUCUCAUUUUAACAGAGAAUGUAUUUUAUAGUAUCUUAAUAUUACAUACAAGCAGCUAGAAGAGAGUAUUUAUUUUGAAUAGGUGCAAGGUGUAGUUGUUGAGCUGUGAAAAAUUGCAUUUAUAUUGCUAUGAGUUCAUUAAAGCACUUCAGGCUUUCAAAGUGCAAUCAAUCUCACUCUCCUUUAACAAUUUUAGCUGUUCCAAGGUGUGACAUUGAUUUUUUUUUUUUACUUGCUUUUUCUAAGGUUUGUAUUUGUCUGAACUUCAGUUUAAUCCUGAUUGUCAUUGCACAUAAUUUACGAAGUACUGCAAUUUAGAAAUAAAUAAAUCAUUGAAAGAACUGUCAUCAUUGCUCCUUCGUGUGCUAUAAUGCAGUUUUCAUUAACAGCGAUUUUCUAGUGUUUCUACUAAGCAAAGAUGCAUUACUGUACAUGUAUUACACAUGAUAAAACAAAUAAAGAUGUAUAUUUCUUAAAGACUUUGCAAUCCAGUUAAGUUUACAUCUCAAAUUGUGAAAUCUGUAAAACAACAAUGCUGUCAAAGUUUUAAAAGGUAACUUUUGUUUAAUAUAUUUGGACACAUGUACGGAACACUACCUGUUAUUUUGAGUUACUGUAUUCCUUAGUGGGGGCUUAUUAAAAGCAAGUCAAUUUAGUAAUAUGUAGAAAUAAAGUGUGGAUACUUAAUGUUAAAUCACAUGCAGUUUGAAUAAUGUGGAAUGUAGGUUACAACAUACAGGGCAUGUUAUAAACUAGAACAGAUGUCUUUAAACAUAUUCAGUGGAUAAAAUAUAUUGUACAUAUUUGUAAACUACAGCAUUUUUAUAUUUUACACCUUUUACAUAACAUUUAAUUACACUUAAUGUAUGGAAUAGUUAGAAUAAACAGCAAAAAAAAAGCAUUUAUUUACAAAGCCAAUAUUCAUUCACAUGAUGCUUUACACUUUAUUUUAAUAUCACUUGAACGAACUUACAUACAGUAGUGGACAUAGCUGGAUUUUUAUUUAGUCUUUGUUUAUUGUAAGAAUGAAGUCUUGGAAAUCUUAAUAAAGGAGUAUUGUUGAUAUUUUUUGUAUCUUUAAUAGAAUAAAGAAAAAGCUUAAAUUA